CGACUUGAGGCAACAACGAGAAGCAAAGCCUCUGUGUGUUUCCAGACGAGGGAGACCAGACGGCCGCACUCUCUCUCCUCUUGUCCCGUUCGCUUCUGAAUGCCCACAGCUACCACCAGUGCAAACCCGCAAAGCAGCAGCACCUCUGUCGCCAGACCAGCAGAGUCCCGUCCACCACCCGCAGCUGCCUACAGGCCCCGUCAUCACCUGCGACGACUGACUGACUGCAAAAGCGCGAGGCGCACCUACUGACCUACCCCGCCACACACAGCUCCCGGCCGCCAUCAGCAACUUACACAUCCACAACUCCCAAGCAACCAGUCUCACCUCCACAACCUCAGACCUCACCUAUCUCCCUCCUGGAUCGUUGCGCGACUGGUUGCCCAUCAUGAAGGUCACGUUCAAGGAUCUCAAGCAGCAGAAGUUUACGCUUGACAUCGAGCCCAGCGAUCUGGUCUCGGCUGUCAAGCAGCGGAUCUCAGAGGAGAAAGGAUGGGAUCCCAAGGCCCAGAAGCUCAUCUAUUCUGGCAAGAUCCUCAAGGAUGAGGACACCGUUGAGAAGUACAACAUCGAGGAAAAGGGCUUCGUAGUCUGCAUGGUUAACAAGCCUAAGGCUGCUCCUGCUACUUCUGCCGCCGCUUCCUCGAGCGCCGUUCCCCAGACUCCCGCCAGGCCAGUCGCCGCGACACCAGCUGCCCCAGCUGCUCCCGCAACCGCUUCAAACCCAGCCCCUGCCGCCGUUCCGGCUACGCCGACGCCCGCGCCGGCUACGCAGGCCGAGCCUGCGCAGUCUGACAGCUCCAUGGCCAUGGGCGCUGCGAGGGAAGGCGCUAUUACAGAAAUGCUAGCCAUGGGUUUCGAGCGGUCUCAGAUUGAUGCCGCCCUCAGGGCCGCUUUCUUCAACGUGGACAGGGCCGUUGAAUACCUUCUGACUGGAAUCCCCGAGAAUGUCCAACAGUCACAAUCACAGAGCGCUGCACAGCAAGUGCCCCCACCUCCCCCGGCCGCUCCCUCUGCGGCCCCAGCCAGUGGUGAUGCCGAGGGUGAUGGCGGCAUCAACUUGUUCGAUCUCGCUGCUCAGCGUGGCGGAGCUCGUGGAGGCGCGAACCCUGCCAGUCCUGGAGCUGGCGGUGCGCCUGGUACUCGCGACCUCGGAAACCUCGACUUCCUCAGGAAUAACCCUCAGUUCCAGCAGCUCCGUCAAGUAGUCCAGCAGCAACCACAAAUGCUUGAGCCCAUUCUGCAACAACUGGGAGCCGGCAACCCGAACCUCGCUCAGCUCAUCACACAGAACCCUGAGCAAUUCCUCAACCUAUUAGGGGAAGAAGCUGAUGACGAUGCGCCCUUGCCCCCAGGAGCACAGGCUAUCUCUGUAACUGAGGAGGAGCGCGAUGCGAUCGAGCGGCUGUGCCGACUUGGCUUCGACAGAGACGCCGCUAUUCAGGCUUACUUCGCCUGCGAUAAGAACGAGGAGCUGGCUGCGAACUUUUUGUUUGAUAUGCCCGACGAUGACGAGCCUUCGCAGAACUAAAGCUCGACUGCUCGAGCAGUUAGACUAGGAGUUGCAACGUAGUCCUGUCCACGUUGACGGUGUGACUGAAGUGCGAGCAUACGGCCAGCCCUUUUUUGCAACAUACCGAGCGCGAUUUGAUUGAGUCCUUGCCACAAUGACCAUGGGUCUGAAGGAUACCGGAUGACGGCCACCAUGAGAAAAAGGGCAGACUGAGGACCAGCGAUAAGGCAUGAGCUAACUCCGUUUCGGAGGUGGCGAGAGGAGGUCGAAAGGAAGGUCAGACCGAGCAAGAAAGGCACGCAGGCGAUAUGAUAACCCCCCGAAUAACGAAUCUGUUCACAACCUUUGAGAAUUGUCCGUCCCACCGCUGCACACGAGGCGACUUCGGCUUGAUCAUCUGAUGUUGCAGACUGAGCUGCGCACUGUUUUCACGGCUCGGCAAGCAUUGAGUGGUGUGAAAAUUGGGGUAUCAUUUGAAAAGCAUGUAGGUAAAAAAAGCCUA